AAAAUGUAUUGAAAACUUUGUUGUGUAUUAUAAUUUGUACUCUUUUGUAUUAACAAAUAACAAUAUUAUUUUGUUGUUGGCAAUUUAAAAGCAUUUUAUUUCAAUAAUUAGUGUUAUGUAUUCAAUAAAUAUAUUCCGACAAACAUCUUUAGUACGCUUGUCAACUAAACAAUGUCCAAUACAGUUGACUAAAUACAAAUCCUCUGAUUCCAAAGAAGAUUUAAAGGAGAAAAUUAAAAUGAAGACCCCAAUUGGAAAAUUAGAUGAACUCGAAGCUGGAAAGCAUCCAUUUCAAGAGAAGGAUCCUUUGAAAGAAUGGCCUGAAGGUCGUAAUCCAGCAACUGGAGAGCGAAACGGCCCAAAAGGACCCGAACCAACAAGAUAUGGUGAUUGGGAACGAAAAGGAAGAGUGACAGAUUUUUAAAUACAAAACAUAUAUAUAUAUAUAUAUAAAUCAUUUGUUUAUAAUUAAAUAUCUAUAGUAGGUAAAUUGUAAAUUAUAUAUUUUAAGAUAAUAGUAAAAAAACUAGCGUUUUGUUUCUUGAUGAA